AUGCCAACCGAGCUCAAAUCUCGCCUGGACGAACUAACCGAAAUUGAACAAGACACAAGUCAACGUCAAGCGGUUUUAGCAUUCUUAUACCUUUUAAUCAUGAUGGAGCAAAAGUCUGCUACUCCUUUAACUCAUGGUUUCACGCUCUGUGUUCGUUCUUUCCUCCCCGUCGGUGCUGGGUUAGGGAGUUCUGCUAGUUACUCCGUCGCCGUAGCAACCGCCCUCUUGAUCCUCUUUAAGGAAAUUCCUUCGGAUUUCACCAAGUCUGCACAAUCAGAACAACACUUGGAGAAGAUCAAUACCUAUGCAUUUAAAGCAGAACAGGUGCUUCAUGGUAACCCAAGUGGCGUCGAUAAUGCCAUUGCUACUUAUGGCGGCGCCAAGAGCUUUAUGCGUGGUCAAGGCUUUGCCACGUUAGAAGGAUUUCAAUCAUUACGCUUAUUGUUGACAAAUACAAAGGUCCCCAGAUCCACAAACGCCCUUGUUGCUGGUGUAGGCGAGAAAAGAAAAAAUUACCCUUUAAUUAUUGAACCCAUGUUGGAUUCUAUGAAUGCUAUUGCCUUACACUGCUGUGACGCUUUUAAAAAGUCUCAAGACAAGGAGACCUUAAUGGACGAAUUAGAGGAUUUGGUAAGCUUGAAUCAUUGUUUAUUAGAGGGUCUUGGUGUGAGCCAUCCUAGUUUAGAAAAAAUUAGAAUGAUCACUGCUGAGUCUGGCUUGAAAACCAAAUUGACGGGUGCUGGUGGUGGAGGUUGCGCCGUGACAUUUAUUCGUGAUGAUGUGCCUCAAACCUUAAUUGAUCAAGUCAUGUUACAGUUACAAGGAGAAGGAUUUGACUGCUAUGAAACCUCAGUGGGUGGUGCCGGUAGUGGUGCUGUUACGCUUACAAAGGGAGAGACAAAGAAUUGGCUUCUCCAAGCCAGCCGUGAUACCUUGGAGCACUAUUUUUAA